AUGCCGGGCGUGACAUCCUCGGACCAUCCGAGCAAGCUCGGUGGGUACGAUUUCUACCGCAAGGUACUCGGUAGCCCUAAAUAUGUGGUCGCGCCAAUGGUCGACCAGAGCGAGUUGGCAUGGAGAAAGCUCUCCAGGAGAUACGGGGCGCAACUGGCGUACACGCCCAUGAUCAACGCGAAGAUGUUCGCAGAAGGUGCACGUAGGGGCUUCCGCGAGCAACAAUUCAACAUAACCCACGGGGAGGAGGGCGGGCCGGAGGAUCGGCCAUUGAUUGUACAGUUUUGCGGAAACAACCCCGCGCAGCUCCUCGCCUCCGCACGCGUCGUUGAGCCGUACUGUGACGCGGUCGACAUCAACCUGGGCUGUCCGCAGGACAUCGCCCGGAGGGGACACUACGGAUCCUUCCUACAGGACGAGUGGGACCUCAUCUACGACAUCAUCAACAUGCUACACCGAAACCUGUCGAUACCCGUCACAGCAAAAUUCCGUGUGUUCCCGACGGUGGAGAAGACAGUGGAGUAUGCCCGCAUGCUCGAGCGUGCAGGUGCACAGAUCCUGACCUGCCACGGCCGCGUGCGCGAGCAGCGCGGGCACCAAAGCGGUCUAGCAGAUUGGGACAAGAUCCGCGCUGUGAAAGAGGCCGUGUCAAUCCCGGUAUUUGCGAACGGCAACAUCCUCUUCCACAGCGACAUCGAGCGGUGUCUCGCCGCGACGGGCGCGGACGCCGUCAUGUCUGCUGAGGGCAACCUCUACAACCCCGCGCUCUUCUACCCCGGCCCCUUCCACUCUCUUCCAGCCGCCGACGACGAAUCGUCCACCCCAGGGGCUUCGACAUCCACCGCUAUCGCGAUGGCUUCGUCUGGCCAUCACCCACCGCUCACGGCGCUCGCACGCGAGUACCUCGAGAUCGUGAAGAGGCAGCGCACGCCGACGGUGCUGAGUGCUGUCAAGGGGCACCUCUUCAAGUUACUGCGCCCCGCGCUAGCUAAAGAGACGGACCUGCGCGCACAACUAGGCCGCGCACAGAUCCCGCGCACUAACAGCCCGGAAGUGUGGGCGCCUUACGAGGAGAUCCUCGCGCUGCUCGAGGAGAGGACCGAGAGAGACGCGCUGGUGGCGGAAGGCCGGCCGUUGGAAGCCCUGGUGACGAUAGAUGAGGCGACCGGCCUGCCCCUCCUGCCACAUUGGCUGGCCCAACCCUAUUUCCGCCCGCUGCCACCAGCGGCAGCUGCGACGGAGAGCGACGAGGAAGCGGCGGAGCUCAGCAAGGACGGACCAGCAGGGUCAAAGCGGGGACAUCCUGAAAGGACGUUGGAACCGGAGGUUGCAAAGCGCGUCAAGCUUGAGACGGUGGCAGGCGUCGGCGCUGAAGAGGUAGCUGUUGCGGGGUAG